UGGAAUGCCAGCUUCCUUCCACGAGAACCCUGUAUAUAACACCAGAACUAUCAACCAGUGUGAUUUUUCAUCAAUUGCCUCAAACCUGUAUCAUAAGCUCUUUUCUCAGAAUGUUUACCAAUCAGAAAAAAUGUAGUGAAGCCCUCUUAGAAUCUCCAAUAACUGUGUUCUCGAUAGUUCCUCUUAAAGAAGAAACAGCCAAGUUAUUUCUCACUGAUGUCUAUCAUUCUGCAGCUGUUCAGGGUAGAACUAGUGUUGAGGAUGGUCUGCUUGUUGAGGACUGCACAUCUGGGCUUUUAGAACAAACUUGUACCACAUCAUUGCUCUCAACGUAUCAUACAAAUUAUCAUACAGUAUCAAUGGUACAAGCUGAGGAAUUUGUGAACUGCUUUCAUUCACCAAUAAAAAUAUUGUUACCAAUACACGUCACUUCAUAUAACGUGGAUCAAAAAACAGAAGAAGUUUGUGACUUUUCUACAGUCACCAGUAAACCUCAAGAAUUAAAUCUGAAAACACUGUUGCAGAGUUUUAGCAGCAUGGUCGAGACACAAUAUCUUUUCAGCAACUCUCGUGUUAUACAGCACGCUGAGGAUCAGUAUCAGCAUUGUUGCAAACCACAGUAUUCAAAACCUGCUAUUUCUCCACGUGUCUUAUUCGUAGAACCAGAGUUUCAAAUUGCCAUCGUUAGUGAGAGUAUUCAGAAGGAAAAUCAUUACCUGGUACAUAAGACUUUUGUACAAAGGGCUGUUAAAAUUUCGAGUAGCAAUUACGGUCAGGAUGGUUGUCCGUUAAGUAUCAUUGAAGGCCAACGUGGUACUUGUGUUGAUGUGUUGAAAAGGUUCGCAUAUCCUACCAUAUUCGUUUCUCAAGAUCUAAAUAUAGCUAAUAAAGAAGUGUAUAAGGUUUCCAACACGGAUGAAAAGAGUAAUAGUUUGGAUUAUAAUCAGAAUCCAGACUUUCUGACUUCAAGUCCGGAUAGAAUAGUCCAUGAGUUGGAUUUUGGUGCAAUGAAUGAGGCACCAGAUGUUGGUGAAAUAACCCAUGAGAUGGAUUUUGGUGUAGUGAAUGAAGCUCCAUAUAUUGGUGAAAUAACCCAUGUGUUGGAUUUUGGUGCAGUGAAUGAAGCUCCAGAUGUUGGUGAAAUAGUCCAUGAGUUGGAUUUUGGUGCAGUGAUUGAAGCUCCAUAUAUUGGUGAAAUAACCCAUGUGUUGGAUUUUGGUGCAAUGAAUGAGGCACCAGAUGUUGGUGAAAUAAAACAAGAAUUGGAUUUUGGUGCAAUGAAUGAGGCACCAGAUGUUGGUGAAAUAACCCAUGAGUUGGAUUUUGGUGCAGUGAAUGAGGCACCAGAUGUUGGUGAAACUAAACAAGAAUUGGAUUUUGGUGCAAUGAAUGAGGCACCAGAUGUUGGUGAAAUAACCCAUGAGUUGGAUUUUGGUGCAGUGAAUGAAGCUCCAGAUUUUGGUGAAAUAAAACAAGAAUUGGAUUUUGGUGCAGUGAAUGAGGCACCAUAUUUUGGUGAAAUAAAACAAGAAUUGGAUUUUAGUGCAGUGAAACAGCCCUCAAAUAUCAACCAUAUAACAGAAGAAUUGGAUUUUGGUGAAAUAACUCGAGAGUUGGAUUUUGGUGCAGUAAAUAAGGCACCAGAUAUUGAUCAUAUAGCCCAAGAAUUGGAUUUUGGUGCAGUGAACAAAGCCACAGAUGACGAUCAGAUGAUUCGUGAGUUUGACUUUGGUGAAGUGAUGUUAGAUCGAUUCUUACCGGAAAUGAAUCAGUUACCGAGUGGUUUCUGCACUUCUCUGAGAAACCUGAACCUCCAAGGAAAGAAGAACACUUUAAAAGCAAAUCGUUCUGUCCACGAUGACUGUCCAUCAGAGACACAGAUUGGGACGUUGUGCACUACAGAAAUGAACGUUUCAUCUUCAGAUGUUCUGAAUAAACAAACUGGAGAAAUGGUUUAUGGUGAUCCAGAUAACAGCGCCAGAAUGUCUCGCAAUACAGACUUUGAUGACACAUUAAAAUUUUACUUUAUAACAAAAUCAUCUCCGGUUGUUUCUUGUUCCAAAACCAGCUUGCCUGCAAGAAUAAAUAAAAACAAACCUGGAAUAAAAACAGACAUCUUACGAUCACCCAGUCAUCAGUUGUACACUUUUGAAGAAAAGGAGACCAAAUUUGGAACAAGGGAAUCGUCGUGUCAGUUCUCUAAACCAUUUCAAGGAGUAUCAAAACUGACCUCUAGCACCAUUCGUCAAAUGUCGCCUUCCACACCCACAGGAAAGUUAUCACUUCAAUUUGUCUCUUCAAAUCUUCGGUCAAAAACACUUCCCAUUUUUGCCUUACAGCAAUUAACAGUCAGUUCAUCACAGGCUUUGUCAACAAAAUUUUCCCAUGUCAUUGAUCAGGCGUCAACAUUGACCCCCACACCUAUUGCACACUCAUCACAGGUAACCGUAUGCCCACCAGGAAAACCAUCUGAUACUGAUACGUCCGUGAAAGAACUAUCAGAAGUGACAUCUACUCUUGUCCAGCAUGAUUCACUAUUGGAUUCUACUUCUUUAAAGACCUCAUCACACAUUUCUUCUACUGUCGGAGGUAAAAUAUGCUAUGCAGUUUUGAAGCACAAAGGGCAAAUCUCACGAGGAACUCCAAGUUUCAUUGUACAAACGCCAUCAUGUUCAUCCUACACUAACACUGGAAAAAGAACACACUCAAAUAUUCAGGCACGUAAUCAACUAUCAGAAGUGAUGCCUAUUCAAAGAUCGCGUGAUCCUAACUCUUCUAAUAAUCGUAACAGUGUUCCUAGGAACAUUUUCUCUGCAUCUGUUGACUCUGGACUGAAUAAAGAUUUUCAUGUCUGUAGCGAAGACCAAGAAUACUGUACAACUAUAGGUUCUUCCUUACAUCCCAAUUACCGCUCAACGCCAACUUUAGUCUUGUCACACGGGGAAUCAUGUAUGGAAUAUUCUUCAAACUGGGAAAACUCUGGGGAGUUACACUUGCCACAGCUUGGUGGAAAGACUUUUGGUGAAGUAAUAUUAACUCUUUACAUGCGAGAUUAUUGUGAAAGAUUAUCUCGCUCUGCACCAAGUUUAAUGAUAUCGUGCUCGUGCUUUAAGCCAUUAUCACCUUGCCCUUGGAAUACACCUCCAAUUGCUCUACACUUUGGAAAUCGUCAGUUUUGGAAUUUUCGUCCUUCGUCCAGCUCUUUAAGAGCCAGUAACCUACCAUAUUCUCACAUUUCGCUUGCUGAAACUGACUUUUCAGAUUUGGAUUAUGCUGAUUCCACUACUUUAAAAUCCAGUGACCUACCAGUUACUCAAUAUCCACUUACUGAGGUUGAGUCUUCACACUCAAAUGAUGCUGAUGUCACUGCAUCCACUUCAUUAAGGUCCAGUCACCUAGCAACUUCUCAAAAUCCACUCGCUGAAACUGAAUUUUCCGAUUUGGGUAGUAAUAAUAAUGCGUUUAACAAAAUAAGAACAACCUUUGAAACAGAAUCCAAGACAUCUGAGAUCAGUGAUUUCGUAGCAAUAAAUGAUACCAAGAUUAAGAGAACUCAAAAAGAAAAGAAUGCUGAGAAAUUUCGAGCUACUCUUACGUCUAGCAUUCAAGGAAUUGUUGGCAGUCUUGGAAGUUCUGUUGAUCUUAGGAAAGAGUUUUCGAAAUCAACCAUGAAUGUGACUUUGGCGGCGAAUGAUGAGGCGACUUUAUCAUCUUCAACACCUAACAUUGAUAAAAAGAAUGAUGAUGACCCCAUCCUUACUUUGUACAUACGAGGUCUGCCAUCCACAAUGUGCCACACCACGAACAGUUUGGGAUCAUAUGAACAAAACAAGUUUGGUUUGAGAAGACGGAACUUGGUUUCAGAUUAUACACAGUGGAAAUACAUUCACUCAAUGAAAGGUAUUUAUAAGCCACUCAUGUCCACCUCGUCUUCCUGGGAGGCAGGAGACUUGUUAGAACAAGAGCCAAAAGAAUUAUGUUUAGGCUCAUCUUCCUGGAGUAUACGUGAUCAAAAGUCAUCAUUACCAACUCUAUCUUUGAAAGAUAGUCCUUAUACUCAAAGACCAUCAUCUUUACCCUCGUUUUCAUCAGUUAUAGGUGGUGUGAAACAUGACCCAAAGUCGCCAUUACCAACUUCAUCUUUCACAGGUAGGGAUCAUUAUGACUCUCCCUCGUUGGCGUUGGAAAUUCUAAAAAUAAAGGAAAAAUAA